AUGACGGUACUAAGGCGCUUCGCAGGAAUGUUCGAGCCUCAUCCCGAGGACCGUCUCCAUCUGCGAACACACCGUGCCCGCUCUGUCGUCCUGACGGCGCAAGAACUCGUCGAGAUACGCGCCGCACAACGGACAUUCGAAGGGGCGUAUGUUCGCACAGCAUUGGGGCAGUUUUCUUUCGCGCUUGUGGUGCUUAAGAUUUUCACGGCCGAGUUCUACAGCAUCGGCGCCCUGUUUGCGACAUUCGGGGCGGGCAUAUUGCUUGUGAGCAUGUACCGGCGGUACGAGGGCCAUAGACAGUUCUUCAGUGAGGUAGGGGAGGAUGGGCUGGGCAGAAAGAAGUUUAGGACGAGCGGGAAUGCCGUGGUGGUGCUCACGGCGUUGAGUGUUGGGGCGUAUGCCUCUUUGAUCGCCUUGACGUUAAGGCUGGGGUAUACUUGA